AGUUGGAAAUUAAUUUUCAUGAUUUUUUCAAAUUUAUUUCAAAUUUAAAAUGAAUUUUGGAAUAAACAUUGCACUAGGGGCAUUUUCGUAAUUCUGUUGUUCCUGGAAAUUUAUUUUCCAGUUUUGCCCCUGCCCGAAAGUCUCCUAAUGUAUUUAGGAUGACUUGGUAAAAUUUCAUAAUUUUUGGACCACUUUAUGAAUUUUAUGAAUUUUAGAAAAUAUUACCAACGUAGUAUUUUUCUAGAAUUAUCUGGGGCGAGCGCGGUUCGUCCGGUGUAUGUAUAUCUCUAUUGCCUGUGUGGAUGUAUGAUAUGCAUGGUGGAUGAUUGUGGCUAUAGUUUAUUUGAUUAUAAUACGGCCUGCGUGUCGUGCAUUAUCUCUUAAACUCUCGAUGUAAAUCUAUUUCUCUCUCUUACCUCAACCGAGGAUUCUUUUCUCACGUGGUGGUUAGAAGAUAAAAGAUUUGAAGUCCGUUCGAGGGAAUCUAAAGGAAUGGAGAUAGCCCGAAGUCCAAGAGCCUGGAAGUCAGUGGGAGCUAUCGUUUUAUUUUUCCUUUAGGGGCCACAAUCAUUACACGUUUAUUCUGAAAGUCUCACCGUGGAAGAAAGUGUUACCGUUCGGUAGAAAGGGAAAACUAAGUCCGAGAUAUAUUGGACCCUAUCGAAUCACUGAACGUGUGGGUCCAAUAGCCUAUCGGUUAGAACUUCCACCAGAAAUGAACAAGAUCCAUGACGUAUUCCAUGUAUCGAUGUUGAAAAGAUACCGUUCUGAUCCAUCGCAUAUCUUGACUGAGGGAAUUGUAGCUCUUGACAAACAAUUGACUUAUGAGAAGGAACCUGUACAAAUUUUAGCACGAGAGGUUAAACAAUUGAGAAACAAAUCUGUACCCUUAGUCAAAGUGCUAUGGAGGAAUCACUCGACUGAAGAGGCAACAUGGGAAACCGAAGAGUCAAUGAGGAUGCAAUAUCUGAAUCUCUUCAACCAAUGACUCAGGUAAUUUCGAGGACAAAAUUAUUUUAAGGAGGAGAGAAAUGUAACGCCCCGAAAAUAGGCCUAACAGAAUUAAUUAAUUGAUAAUUAAUUAAUUACUGAGAAGGACCCAAAAAUAAGUAAAUUCUAAAGUUUGUCAAUAAAUAAUGAAAAUUAUAUCAUUAUGUAGAGUAUGACUGUAUGACCCCAACGGUUCAAUCGGAUUUCAAUUUGGAGAAAGUUGGAACAAAAAGUGUACCCCGACUGGGACCAAAAUUAGUCCCAAUCAAGGACUACACACCAAACGGCGCCCUGUUCAAUUACGCCGAUUCCAAAUUCGUCGCUCAAUCACGGAAGCUGCAAACCUGUGUCUUCUUCUUCUUCCAUGGGCUAUUUAAGGACAACCCAACUCCCUCAUUUUAUCACCAAAACAACUCAUUCUUCCUUCUAUAUUGUUCGUUGCUGAGAGUAGAGUGCAGUGGCGCUGUCAUCUUUGUGUGAGGUCGCCGGAGCAGUGAGAUAGAGUCGCCGGAAGUUUCACCGGAAAAUCUUCAAAACCUCCCUUACGCUUCAAGGUAAGCCCGUAGAUAUAUCUAAUGACUAGAAUGUUCAUAUAGGUCGUUUCUACGUUCAUAAAUGGUCAUUUGGUUGAGUUUUGUGUUUGACAUGCAUGUUUGAAAAACCAAGAAUCAUAAACCUUGAAUUUGAUGUUAAAAAUAUGUUUUAAUAAUUCUAAUAUGAUCUAUGAACCUUGGAGAACAUUUCUACAGAGUUUAAUUGAAGUUCGGUGACUAAAAAUGGUUUUUCCCGAAAAAUGGACCGAUCCUCCGAAACUCUUGUUGGAUCGAUCCUCCGAAAGUUGAAGUUCGGUGACUAAAAUUCUAGUUGGAUCGAUCCAGAUCGAUCCAGAGGGCUAGAUCGGUCCUCCGAAACUCUGGUCCGAAAAUUUGUCUGAAAUUGCUAUUUUUGAGCUCUAAAAUCCUAUUUUUGAUACCAAUUGAUUAUGAUUAUUAUAAAAAUGAUUUUUCACAACAAAAAUGAUGUUUUUUUACAAAUUAAAACAUUAUGUGAUGCAUGACGGUAAGCUCGGGUAUUAACACUCGAGACUAGGCCACUAAUUGUUAUUAAAUGUUAUGUUGAAUGAUCAUUAUGAUGAACUAUUAUUGUGGCCAAUUAUGAAUGAUUAACCCACUGAUUAGUAUGAUUAUUGAUUAAAUCAUGAUUAAAAAUGGAUAUAAUGAUGAUUAUGAAAAUGAUGUAUAUUGUUAAGGAUUUCUAGAAGAACUCUAAGAUAUACCACCCACUUGUAUAAUGAUGAUGAUUAUUAAGGAUAUCUACAAGAACUCUAAGAUAUACCUCCUUGACCAAUUCAUAUUUCAGGGUUAAAACGUACGUACGGGAUCCAGAACGGAUAUCACCCACCCGACAGUUCACUGUUCGGUUGGUACGUAAUCCACAUGACUCAUAGGGUGGAUUAUCGAUUCUUGUGUUCUGCAUUAAACUAUUUAUAGUUUAAGGGCCUGGUUAGAAAUGUUGUCUUAGACUAGGAAUAGUUAAGAGUUGUUAUAAAAUGAUUUGGCCUUAGAUUAAGAAUAAUUUGAGAGCAUUGUUGAGAUAUUGAAUAUCAAAUGACUUGGAAUAAAACAUUGAGAAUAUCAUGAAUGUUUGAAUUAUAUAUUGUUUGCAUGAUAUCAAAUGGUUGAUUAUCAAUAAAGAUUCAAUUUAUGUGGAUGUUUGACGCUUUAGAUAUGCUUACUCAGCUUCACCGCUAAGCGUGUAGUGUGUUUUAUUUGCUACAUGCAAGUAGGCAGAAUGAAUGAUUGGCUGAUUCCUGGCAGCAGAAGGGGCGAGACAGUCGUGGCAGAUUAUUGAAUGAAAUAAAUAAUUAUGUUGUUAUGAGACAUAACAACAGUCGCUUCCGCAUUUUAUUUAAACACUCCGUAUUUCUCUACAAUUAUGUAUGGAAUAUUAUUUAUAAAUAAAAAUGUUUGAAAUGU